AUGGCCUCUGUUUCGGACGAGCCGAAGCCUUCGACGGGUGGUGAGUGUUUCCGACCCAAGCGCAUUAUCUUACGAGAGGAAGACUCGGAGAAUGAGCAGAGCAACAUGGCAGAGCCGGCGGGUAAGCGCCCUGGCGAGCGAGUUCCAUCGUACCCCUCUUUGGGCGUUGCGCUUUCAUCCGGUGUCUUUCCCUGCGAUCCUGCUCCAUUCCAAUCAAUCUGGAUCCUGUUCGAUCCUCACUUGCGCAUUUGGGGCCUUCUAGAGUUCUGA